AGGAGAGUGAGUGAAAAAGCAGAGGGAGAGGGGAGAAAUAACAGACGGUAGGGAUGUGUGUGAGUGUGCGGUGAAAGGUGGUGCAGGUACAGUCAGAGCAGGAUACAGGUUUUGUAGCCGCACCGGACCGCGGCAAAACCUCCUCAGAGCCUGCCUCUCUCCUCUUCGUCUCCCCCCUUACUCCGCAAUGUCUGGCGGAGGAGAGGUACGCGUCGUCCGCCAAGAGCCCGGACAAGAGAGCCCGAGGAUGCCGGCCUGGAAGCGAGAAAUCCUGGAGAGGAGGAAGGCGAAGGGCGGCGGGUCUGGAGGAGCCGGUGCCGCGGAGACCGGCCCCGUCAGUGCGGGCUCGCAGCGAGUUAACGGUGAGCAGACGGGAAAUGUGAACGGUAACACCGGCAGCGGACCGAGCGGCGGGUCCGGGCGGAGCUACACCAUCACCACAGCCAGUCAACACUUCGGCAACAACAAAGAGCCGACGGACACGGAGAGGACGACACCGAGGGAGUACACCCGACAGGAGAGCCUGGUGCUGCAAGAGAGCCUGGGCCCCCUGGAGGAGAACCCCUUCAUUAAGCUGGAGAAGGAGCGGAGGCGGCGACAGGACCGAGAAAACACCGCCCGUCCGGUCCAGCACAUCCUUGAGCUGUAUGGCAGUGUACCCGGUAUACGGACUAUACGUGCAGACAAUAUUAUCAUAAUUGAGUCGGACCCGGAUUACUUUCCGGAAGCUGGAGGGGCACAAAGCGGGUCCAAAUGGCACACAAACGGUGUCAGUAAUUACGGUGUCAGUAGUUACAGCUCCCUGAACGACCUCCUGGACCGGAGAGGGAGUGCUAUUACUGAGAUAAGGGCCAAGGAAGUGGUCAUUUAUGACACCACGUUAAGCAAGAGUGAGGAGAACUUGAGCACUCUGGGCCGCCCUGAUCAUGAGUCUGCAUCAUAUGAGACAGGUGAGGGUCAGGGCAGGGUUAGCCGGAUGCUGCAGAAGUUUGACUGCAACUACGGGAAGCUGCAAAAGAAGUCCCGCAGCACAGAGAAUCUGCUGGACCUGGAUUGUAGUGCCAGUAGCAGGCCACGACUCUGGUCCAGGCCACAGCCAGAUCUGGUGCCAAAGGUCAGGCAAGGCCCGUCGGUCAGCAGCCAGCCAUCAUCGCCUGUCUUCCAGAGUCCCUCGUCUUCCAGACCAAAGCCACAGCCUGCUUUCUCUGAACUGGGCAGCCCCCAGCGCCUUGCUGGGACAACUCUACCUGUGUCUCCUUUCCGUCAGCGGUUUGCGGAGAGUGGAGGCCCUGGAGAUGAGCCAGACAGGGCCCAAACCAAGCCCAUCAGAGAGAGGGACUGGGAAGGCUCUGAGGUGUCACCAAAACCCAAGGUGCCAUGCUCCCCAGAGACCCGUCGUGUCCGUGCUGAGCCCCCCUCAAGCCCAAUCUCAUUCAAGGUGUCUCGCUCCUCAUCUGACUUCGAAAUCCGUCCCUCUCCAAAGCCAGACCUCGAUCGUAUUCCUGAUGGGGACACCCAGGCACGGGCCCUCGCUAACCUGCGCCUGCAGUCCCGUAACUCCUUCACAGUCAUUCCCAAGCGGCGUCCUGCUGCCUCAAAUGCAACAGACAGUCCUGCACCGUCCAGCCCUUUCAAGUCUUCCCCUUCCCACAGAGUGGCAGAGGUGUCCACACCAGGAGUGCCAACCUCGUCACCCUCGAAGAGGACUGAGGAGAAACUGCUGGAGGAGAAGGAAGCAGAGAGGCUGAAGAGGCUUUCAAAGCCUUCAUCUCCUUCUGUUGCCACAAGUCCUCCUCCAACCUCCGAACCUUCAUCUCCUGCUCCAACACCAGCUCCCUUCUCUCCUCCUGCCCCGUCAUCCCCCUCCUCUUCUCCCCCUGUCCCGUCUUCACCCACCUCUCAUCCGGAUCUGUCAGACUCCCCAGCCCCAUCACCUGUCCCUUCUACCCCCUCCCCAGCUCCAGAACAACCUCCUGUGGAUCAGUUGCCUGUAACGAACAUAGAUGACAUUGAAGUGGAGCCCCAGAAGCAGCAUGUCCCUGCUCCCAGCCCCAUGGGGCAGAGGAGAAAGGGGAACACCUUCACCGUGGUCCCUAAGCGUAGGGUGGAGGCCGAGGGCCAGCCCAGCUCCCCUGAGCCCCAGCAGGAGGCCUCGAGUGAGGCUCCCCUGGCGUCCACACCCCCACAGGCCCCUUACGCUCAGCUGGGCUCCCUGCUGAAGAAACGCUACCCUGCUGUGGAGGAGAUCGAGGUCAUCGGUGGGUACCUUUCCCUCGCAAAGUCCUGCAUCUCCAAGACGGGCUCCACGGGGAAGAAGCUCAAGAUCUCAUUCAAUGAGUCGAGUCUCCAGAGUACGUAUGAGUAUCCGUCGGAGAACGGCGCAUGGGACAGUGGGGACGAGGACGAAGACGAGGACGAGAUGCACGAUGAGAAGGUGUCUGACGAGCAGCCGAGCAUGGUGGGACGCAUCCACAUCCCCCGACCCAGCUUCUCCAUCUCCCCAACGCACAGCAACAACAGUAAUGACCUUUCGAGUUACAUUCCCAAGCACUCUGUGGACUUCAGCGCCUGGCAGGAGCACAAACAUGAAGACAGUGUUUACCAGGAGGAGAACGGCUCCCAGACGACUCAGAUGACGGAGGAAGUGAUGCUGACCCCCGCAGACAACUCCUCUCUGUCGGAUUACAGCAGCGAGCCGGCUCUUUACUUCUGAUCAGCGGACCAACAGCUGUCCAGUAGCAUCACAGCUGUGGGACCAGCCUCUAAGCACAUCGUCCUGAUCUCACAGGCAACACAGUAUUUCGUUAUUCUGUUUUUGGGCUGAUUUCCUGCCGCGGAACCGCCACAUGCCACGUUAUCAACCGCAUAUCAGAGCAGAUUUGCCAGGUUUCGAUUCCCACCUUCCUCCUGACCAAACACAUUGAAAAAACAAAGCAGCUGGACUGUCUUUACCCUGCGAUCCCGGACGGUUGAUCUGUCCUCGUCGUCCCUCACAAAAUUGAAAUCUAUCUAGACUGGCCUCUCCAAACCCCCCCCCCCCCCCCCUCCUGUCAUUAUCUGCUUCCAAGUCUUCAACGUUUGCCUCCGGUUUUUGGGAGCUUAAAAGCAAGGGACCAAACUCCUUACAGAGAACAGGAGGCCGCCAGUGCCCACAUGUAGGUGUCGCCACGGGAACAGUGUUAGCAUGGAAACAUGUCAUUUAGGACGUCGAGGACACGUCUGCUUGUGUAGAUCGCCGGCACACUCAAACACACAAAAACACACAAAAAAAUUGCAAAAGGGUGCCACAAUUGUUUUGUUUUUGUACCUGCAUGUGUUGAUUUCAGCCAACAAGCUUGGUUGUACUGUAAAGCUUCCGUAUGCCUUUUUAGUUUUUGUAUGUCUUCUGGCAAACUAUGCUGUAUUGAAGCUGCAGCAGAAGAGUCUUAACAGCAAGCAAACUUCAACACAUUUUCCCCCAUUCGGGAAUUAUGCACCCCAUGAUUACACGCUUGAAAAAAAGUGACCUUGGCCAAUAAUGUCUGUACGUCCGGUGACGAAAUGAAGAUCAUCAUACUGUAGAAUGUUUCCGUAUAUCAAGGUGUCUGCGUCCCGUUUAAAAAAAGCUGUUGGCCAACUUUUUAUCCUGGCUUCUCGUGUAUUUAUUCCCCGCUUACAGUUGAAGUUUGCAUGUCAGAGACCUGCUCAUGUACAAAACCACUUUUGUAAAGAUAUCUGCCGGUGCGGACGGACGUUUUUUUUUGUUGUUUUCCAGUCGGACCUCAUGUACUUUCACAUUCCACGGAGGAAGAAAUCGGUCCUUAUGAUCAUUCAUAAUAUGGCAUGUUUGUGAGAGCGAGUGUGUUUUGAAAGGAUAUGAAAUGAUUUUUUUUUUAAUUAAGAUUGUUUUUUAUAUAUAAGAAUGCACCAUGUUUCCAGAUUUUUUUUAACGCAUAAUGCCAAGUGAUUAAAGUGUUGCUGUAACGGCCUCACAUUCGUUCUGCUCCCGUCCCUCGGCCAGUAUUGUUGUACAGUUUUCAUAAGAUUUAUUUCUUACUCUCGUCCUUUUUCUUUCAUUUCUCCAAUCAGAUGACAUUUGUUCAGUCCUCGAAGGUUUGUGCUGUUAGGAGACGUUUCGUCUUUGUCUGAGGAAUUGUAGGAAUUCUCUGUUUUGUCUGGAGUCUUGGAUGUUUAAUGUCUUUGCACUGUCUUGCUUUUAGCCUCGUUUUGCACCUCAUGAGAAGGCGACAGAGGAUAUGUGCACUUAAAAGAAGUCUAGUUGAAGAGUUUUGUUUCCAAACAAAAGCCACUUUUUACACCUGUUAUUCUGCACCCAGUGAUUGUAUGUGAGAUACAGUACAUGGGUAAGGCAGAAAACAUUUUUAGAAUAGAAUUGGAAUACAACUCUUCAAUUGGAUGCGAUGAAUGCACUGCCGAUGAAUGCCAUGACCACUCGUUUUACUGUUUGCCGCAGCCUUGCAACAUCAAGUCUUAUGAUUGUUGUCCUUGUCUCUCGGACCACAAAUUGUAGCGAUCCACACAGAUGAGGGCCUCAUGUUUGGCCUAAAAUCUGUUUUUUGGUUAGUUGAGCUGAUCAUUCAAAGACCAUACCAGUGAUUUUGCAAGUUUUAGCCCAUUUUAUUACAAAUCCAAUAUACUUUACUAUUGAGCAAACCGUGCCACUGUGGUUUAAGAGUUUGAAUGUAUUUCUUAACCGAAAAAGGUAUCCAUUGAUUUCCAUUUUUAUACGGUAUGAAAAUCUACUAGAAGCUUAAAAGUAUACCCCCAUAAUGACUAACAAAAUAUCAACUUGUUUCAAAUUGAAUUCUUGAUGACAAAAAGUCCAAAAUGUGAGAACAUCUUAAUGAAUUAAAGUAAACGGGCCGUGUUCAACAAAAGGUGACUAUAUCAAAACAUCAGAUUAAAGACACUGGCCGUUUCUCAAUCGCGAGGAUUUUGGCUUCCAAGCCAAUAUUUCAAGGAUACUACGUCAUCGAUUGCCGCCGAAGCACUGUUCCAAUCUCCAGCAUACUUGGAAUUCCACUGAGGCCGCGUCCUUGGUUUGGGGGUAAUUUCGAGGCUGCACAUGGGUAGACUUCGCGUCCUUCAAAUCCCCACAAUGCUUUGCGCACGGACCAAUUUCCCCAAAUCUGUGGCGGAAAAUGUAAGGCGGGGCCUCUCAUAUGACGCACACCUGCACACUUGCUAGCCUGUUCCACUCUUAAUUUUCCGAAUGCCAGGAAGGAUUCUUGCCUAGCUUCUGAAGGAAGUGACUCGGAAGACAAGCAAGCAUCCUCGCAAUUGAGAAACGGCCACUGCCUCAUAAACAACUGUCUCUUAACUUGUGAAGGUGAGCAUUGUCUCAUUGUCUUUGUGCGAGGACUGUUUUUGGGCAAAUAUUUUUAAAAGCAAGGUUUCAAACUCAAGUUUUUUGAGUUUGUAAAAAAGUGUUUUGAUAUAGUCUCGCUGUUGUGAAACGUGGCUUCCAUUUACUUCCAUUCAUCAAGAAUGUUCUCCUUUUUGUUUCGCCCUCUGGCAUGCAAGAAUAACAAAUGAUCUUGAAACAAGAUGAGGAAUCUGAAAAAGCAUUCUGUUCUCUUUACUCAAUGCCAAAGACAUAUUCCAAUCCCUCACAAAAUGAUGUUAACGUUCAAUAUCCUGCCCUUAAACUACAUUACUAUCAUUCAUUAGCAUAAUGUAAGGUCACUACAGUGUAACUGUCAAAACUCAAUGCAGACUUGAUGUUCUGGUUGAUGGAUUCCACAACUCAGAAGUCUACUAAUACAUGUUCAUACCACGAGGAAAUGAAUGGAAACCAAUGGCUGCUUGAAUCAAGGGAGAAAACGCAAUCAGCCAAAGUGGUCACAUGAUCUGUAAACACACUGGUAUGGUUCUUUAAAUUGAAUUUGGCCUCACUUGGACCUGCUGUGGUGCUAACAGUCACAUGACGACACACCUGUGGAUCCAUCUGUGCUGACUGCUGCCUUCAAUGUCCAACACCCAAAAGAGGACGUCCACUUAUUGUGGGAAACUUUCCUUGGACUGAAGGAAGUGAAUUUUGGGAAUCCCCACUGAUCGUCUAAAAUAAUCCCGGCGAGGACUUUUCUUUUGACCACUAUUGGAACCUCUGAAGUGUACAUGUGUUUGCUAUCUGCCUCCUGAGCAGUUUGUUGGUCACACUGUAGCGCCUCUGUGGUAGAAGCUUCUCCAUCUUCUCGUUUACUUUCCCCCCUCGUCUGUAAAUCUCCAUCGCAGCAGAUGUGCUUACUGUAAUUAUUGUCAACGAUUUGGGCAAAUAAAACAAAAAAGUGAUGUCAUACUUGUACAAAUGAAAGCUCAAUAAAUAGAACACUUGAACAAAUGUAAA